UAUGACUUUUCUCCACAAAAUAUUUCUUAUUUGUUCCAGUGGUUAAAGCACGUCAAUCCUGAGGAGGCUGACGCCUACAAAGCAGCGGGGAAGUCACUGGUUCCUCUCCCGUCGCCACGGCCCGCGGAGGCGGAUGAAUUCUACCUGGCGCUGGAGAAGUGGGAGGACGCUCCAGCCUAUAUGGAAAGAACGGUAGUGCAGCCUCACCGUGCCACAUCAACCUCGGCCACUGCUGCCGCCGCCGGCGAGAUAACCGUGCCAGAGCGUGAGUUCUUGAGCUCACGGCACGAGGGGGAGGCAGAAGAGAGGCUCUUUGUCUCUCGCCUCCGUCUCAGAGGUCCUGUCAGCGUUCCUCUCCAUGCCGGCAAGUAUGUGGUCAUGACUAUGAGCAGGUCGAACCUCAAGGCCAUUGACUAUGCCGUCGCGUAUGUGCGCGUCGUACCAAAAUCCUUCAAUGUUACUGUGCACAACAUUAUGGUCUACUGCGUGGUUCCAAUUGCCCUCAUUCUUCUGAUCGCCUUUGUCUCCCUCUACUGCUUCCUAAGUCGUCGUAACAAGGACAUCGAACAUCCAACCACUCGGCGAGCCAGUGCCAUGUUCCCCCCCGUGGUGCGAGGACAUUCAUUGCCUGGAGUGAAGAAGGAGUACCGACCUAUAGCCCGACAGACCCUCCAAUCCUCGGCACUCUCCAACGGCAACACUGUUUCAAACGGAAGUAAAACAUCCUCAUGUUUACCGCCAUACGUGGUGCAUUCCUCAUCCUCCCAGUGGAACGCGGCUACAGCCACUGCUCCUGCUACCAGUCCCACCUCCCAUCCAAACUCUGUUCAUAACUUCCAGUCCCAUGUCUCCCAACCGCCGACACAACUAUCCCCCUCGCCGUCUACCUUUUACAAUUACUCAGGCCUGCAGUCUCUAAACAACCAGCCCACUUACUGGCAUCCACCAGCCCCCUCAGUUGCUACGGAGACGUCUUUCGAUCAGUACUCAGCGAUCAUGGGCAACCCGCCCUCCACCUCGGGAGGAUUUAGUGUGAACCAGUCCGCCUCCUCCUCGCAACAGCCUCAACUUUCUUUCCCCAACGUGUGA